UUCUAAUUUACUUCUCUCUCUUUGACUCGCUCUGUUCAGUUUCCCCCUCUAUCUCUCUCUCUCUGUGUCUGUCUCUCUACCUUGAGUCCCAAUGGCUUCAGAGGGACACUUACCUGCAAUAAAGGGCGCCAAAGUGCUUAUGGUUGGAGCUGGUGGUAUCGGCUGCGAGCUGCUUAAGACUCUCGCUCUCUCCGGCUUUCAAGAUAUUCAUAUUAUUGACAUGGAUACCAUCGAAGUCAGUAACCUGAAUAGGCAAUUUUUAUUUCGUCAAUCACAUGUUGGCCAGUCUAAGGCCAAGGUUGCUCGCGAUGCUGUCUUAAAUUUUAGGCCUGGCAUGAGCAUUACACCACAUCAUGCCAAUGUUAAGGAUCCUGAGUUCAAUGUUGAUUUCUUCAAGCAAUUUAACGUUGUUCUGAAUGGACUAGACAAUCUAGAUGCAAGGCGGCAUGUGAACCGCCUCUGCUUGGCAGCUGAUGUUCCUUUGGUUGAAAGUGGGACUACAGGCUUCCUGGGACAGGUCACAGUGCAUAUAAAAGGAAAAACCGAAUGUUAUGAAUGUCAGCCCAAACCUGCACCGAAAACCUAUCCUGUCUGUACAAUAACAAGCACUCCAUCAAAGUUUGUUCACUGUAUUGUAUGGGCUAAGGACCUGCUUUUUGCUAAGUUGUUUGGAGACAAGAAUCAGGAAAAUGAUUUAAAUGUGCGCUCCAGUGAUGCUACUAACUCAUCAGAACAAGCAAAAGAUGUAUUUGAACGAAGAAAGGAUGAAGAUUUUGGCCAAUAUGGAAGAAGAAUAUAUGACCAUGUGUUUGGUUAUAACAUUGAAUUAGCUUUGUCUAAUGAAGAGACUUGGAAUAAAAGGAAAAGACCAAGGCCUAUAUAUAGUAAGGAUUUCCUGUCUGAAGAACUGAAUCAUCAGAACGGAAAUGUGGAUAACAGUUGCCUAACUGAUGCUUUUUCAUCUGUGUCUGCCAUGGCGUCUUUGGGUCUGAAGAAUCCACAGGAUAAAUGGUCCCUUCUGGAAAGUACAAGAGUUUUUCUUGAGGCUUUGAAACAAUUUUUUCUGAAGAGAGAAAAGGAGAUUGGAAACCUGAGUUUCGAUAAAGAUGAUCAGUUGGCAGUAGAAUUUGUUACAGCUGCUGCAAAUAUUCGGGCUGCUUCUUUUGGCAUUCCUUUGCAUAGCCUUUUUGAAGCCAAAGGCAUUGCUGGUAAUAUUGUGCAUGCUGUUGCAACAACAAAUGCUAUUAUAGCUGGGUUGAUUGUGAUUGAAGCAAUCAAGGUGCUACAGAAGGAUACUGAUAACUAUCGGAUGACGUAUUGUCUUGAACAUGUUAGCAGAAAGAUGCUCCUUAUGCCAGUGGAACCUUAUGAACCAAACAAGUCCUGCUAUGUUUGCUCUGAGACACCACUAUUGCUUGAGAUUAAUACUUAUCGCUCAAAGUUGCGGGAUUUUGUGGAAAAAAUUGUUAAGGCCAAGCUUGGCAUGAACUUUCCAUUGAUUAUGCAUGGUUCAAACCUUCUUUAUGAAGUUGGUGAUGAUCUUGAUGAAGAUAUGGUAGCAAAUUAUGCUGCCAACCUUGAGAAGGUGCUAUCUGAACUUCCUUCUCCAGUUAAUAGUGGGACGAUGCUCACUGUAGAGGAUCUUCAACAGGAGUUGGUUUGCAGUAUCAAUAUCAAACAUAGGGAUGAAUUUGAUGAAGAAAAGGAGCCGGAUGGAAUGGUUCUAACUGGAUGGACACAAGCUCCUGCAGUGGUUGGAAACGGUGGGAGCACAUCAAAUGCACGGCAAGCAGAAGCUGAAAAGGAUACUGAGGUGGAUGAAAUUUCAGAACCUUCUGGGAAGAAACGUAAAUUAUCGGAAGUGGAUAUUCCAAAUGCUGCUGAUGGAACUGGAAAUCACAAGGAGGUUAAAGAGCUUGAUGAUGAUGAUGACGAUGACGAUUUGGUGAUGCUUGAUGAUUUUGAUUCAGUCACCAACAAGAAGAAAAGAUUGCAAUAGUUUUGGUGGUGGGAAUCAACCUUUGACUGUGGAAGACUUCUUACUUCCUAAUUUUGUACCAUUAGUGAGGAAUGGAAAAUUCUUUUGGUGCAUAAAGUGUUAAUUAUUAGGUAACAAGGAGAGUAUCUUGUAAGUGUUAGAUAAAGUAUUUAAUUGUAGCCUCCAUUUCUCUGUAUAACAACAAUAUAUAUGUAUUUUUACCCAGCUAGGUUGACAAUGGAUGAGAUGAGACUGUAAUGUUGCUAGUGACGGAAUGUUGGAUAUUUAUUGACCCUACGAUUAAAUGAGUGAAAGAAUUGAACUUAAAUACCAUAGUUUCUUGAA